AUGUCACAGUACAGCUUCAACCUCAUGACACCACAACGCUCCUCGUACGAUACGGUCGCCAGCUACAUACUCACUCCACCUGACAGCGAGAAUGGCGACUACGAUGCUUAUGGACUUGCUCGCGAGGUCAAAGAGCUCCACAACAGCUUAGAUCAGGAGGAACGCAAAUCCAUUAUUCACAUCAAGGAUGCCUACGAUGUCUCGGGUGAGGGCAUGCUCUUCAAUCUAGACAUGACCUCUACCUUCAAGAACGUCUUCGACGCCUUCAAGGCUGCGUCCUCUAAGGGUUGUCGUCCUGCUAGUGGCAUGGGGUUCAAAGCAGAUGCAAGAAAGCUCAAAGACACAGACACCCCUGCCACGAUUCCCAACCUCAAGCACGCCCAGACUCUCUCCAUCAAAGUCUACUCGAACGAGCCAGGCCUGAAGUGCGUCGUCUGUAAGGAUAACGGCUAUCCAUCCACCAACUGCCGAUAUCUGGAUGGGAACAUCACUCAGCUUCACAACGUCCAAGAGCCUCGUGGUCGACUCAUUCGCCUUCUCUUCCGCGAUCCAACCCAGGCAAUCACCCAGAACAUCGUCACCAGCACGUAUCAGUUGCGUCAUGCCAUGGGAGACUACGCUCGCCGUGUGGAGGUCGAUCUUUGUACUUUGUACUUCUCCGAUUGCGGUAGACGAUACUGCUGA